CUCUCAAAUCCUGAAGCCGCCAGUCGACUGCACAACAAUCAGAGAGAGCCCGUGCACGAGUUCAAGUUCCACGUUAUGGUCGAGGAUGAAGCGAUUGGUCCUUAUGCACUUUCCAGUCAGGCUCUUGUUGUAAUAAAGGACAAGUUUGAGACCACUCAAUCUCGUGUCCCGUUUCUGGCCUGUGCUCAGCAAGCUCAGAUAUUUGAACCCAACAGCCCUUGCAGGCGCAUUUGUGCUCAGCCACGCUUUGUCGAGUGGGACGACAAGUCUCUCCAACAUAAAAGCGACCACAUGAACACAUUAUUUUGUAGCAACCCGAUCUGGAUAAUGGGUCAGCUUUCUCUCUAA